CCAGCAGGAGAGAAAAAAAAAACAACUCCAUCAGGAGAAAUUAUUUGCCUUUGAUUUACUCGCUUUUAAGAAAUAAUAAUGGUAGCUAGCAUUUAUUAAGUAGGUACUAUAUCCCGGGCACUGUGCUAGGUGUUUUACAUGCAUUUACUAUCUCAUUUUAAGAUCAGGAUUAUUUUUCUCAUUUUGCAGAUGAAGAAAGUGAUGCCCAGAUAGGUGCAGUGAAUUGCCCAAAGUUGGAAUUUACAUCCAGAUCUGACUGACUAGACUAUCUUAUACAUUGUCUUUAUAGUGAAUGUUCACAAGGAUUGUCUUCCGGCAUGGCCUUGGGAUUAAGAUGCUUCCGCUUGGUCCCCCCUGUCUUUUGUAACUCCUUUGCAGCCUUGACCAGACCUGUUUCAGAAGUGACGCUGAAGACAGUGAGUGGCAGACAAAGUGACCAUGGACAAUACAUGGCCUCACCAGCUGUACCAAUCCGUUCUUUCGCUACCAAGAAAGCCAAAGCCAAAGGGAGAGGACAGUUCCAAACCAGAGUGAAUCUUAAUGCUGCCUUGGUGGAGGAUAUAAUCAGCUUGGAAGAGGUGGAUGAAGAAAUGAAGUCUGUGGUAGAAGCACUCAAAGAUAAUUUCAAUAAGACUGUCAAUAUAAGGACCUCACCAGGAUCCCUUGAUCAUAUCACUGUGGUAACUGCUGAUGGGAAGCUUGCUUUAAACCAGAUUGGCCAGAUCUCCAUGAAGUCUCCACAGCUGAUUUUGGUGAAUAUGGCCAGCUUCCCAGAGUGUACAGCUGCAGCUAUCAAGGCUAUAAGAGAAAGUGGAAUGAAUCUGAACCCAGAAGUGGAAGGGACGCUAAUUCGGGUGCCCAUUCCUAAAGUGACCAGGGAGCACAGGGAAAUGCUGGUGAAACUGGCGAAACAGAACACCAACAAGGCCAAGGAUUCUUUACGGAAAGUUCGUACCAACGCAAUGAAUAAGCUAAAGAAAUCAAAAGACAAGGUCUCCGAGGACACCAUUAGGCUCAUAGAGAAACAGAUCAGCCAAAUGGCCGAUGAUACGGCAGCAGAGCUGGACAGGCAUCUGGCAGCGAAGACCAAAGAACUCCUCGGAUGAAAGCCCACCAGGGGCAGCAGUACUCCAGAGCCUGGUUUCUGCUGGAGCCCGUGGGUGGCACAUUGGCACCCCUCUUCCCCGUCUACACCGAAGGCUGCCGUCUUGCAGUUGUCAGUGUUUGUGAGGCUCAGCCUUCCAGGCCUUCUGGUGGGGCACCCAGACUUGUUCCUUCUCUUCUUCCUGCUCCCUGUCCACCCCAUUCUGCCCUGGCCCUCUGCCAUGGGUGGCCCUCAGAGAGUAUCUGUUGCUGACAGAUGGCCUCUACUUCAGGCAUUUGCCCUGAUCGUGACAUUGCCAAGCAACUAGGACUAUUGACAGGCUUAGCCCGUCUGUUUCUCAUCUUGGGAGCCUCCUUCUCAAUUAGUCAGGCCCUGUCCCCAACUUUGAACUCUGGGCUGGUGUGGGCCUUCACCUGUGACUGGAUCCCUUCGCCAGAGGCCCGUUCUUACGUAACAGUAAAAUCAAAAUAAAUUGUAAAGAAUAACAACCACAAAGGAACGGGUAGAGUCAAUCCGGAUUAAUGUUCCCUAAGGACCUUUACGGAAAGCCACCAGAACAAUACUUUUGCCUCUGAGUCAUCUUCACACAUGCUUUUUUCUCUGCCUCGACCGUUCCUCCGCUGCUGACCUACCUGGCCAGUCCUGUUCAUCCUUCACGUCCCUGCUUGGGUACCACUUGCUCCGGGAAGUCCUCCUCAUUCCCCCAACCUAGGGCUCCUAUUAUUGGCUCUCAGGACUGUCUACUGCUUUGAAUUGAACCUUUUUGAUACUUAGUCUCUAGAUCUUCAUUUUCCUCAGAUCUUGGCAUAAUGUCUGGAACAUAGUAGGCAUCGAGAUGUGUUGUGAAUGAAUUGCACAGAGUAGUCGCUCAACAAAUACUGGCUUCUUUUCCCGUCCUUCCAAUCAUAACACCAUCAUUCUGUCAUUUUCCACUCUUGCCUUGCCUUUGUCCUCAGCAUUUACUUGGUGAUGAGAUACCUUUCCCCCAGGGCCCGCCUGUUGUUGACAGACAAGUGGUUUGUUGUGGCUCAUCUUUGGGUGCUGGGUUGUUAGGUUUUUUCUCCAGUAAACAAUCGAUUGAUUCUCCAUAAUAAUUAAUCUUCCUUCCUUCCUUCUUCUUCCCUUUCCCUUCCCUUCCUUUCCUUUCUUGCUUUCCUUUCUCUCAUUCAUAAUAUAGCCGUCAUGAGUUAGAUGCAGUUCUAGGCAAUAUCUUUAAUCUUCAUGGUACACUUGUGAGAUGUGUAUUCUCUCCACUUUUCAAAUAGAAAAACUGAGAAUGGGGACUUGAGAGUAUUGGGUAACUUGCCCAAAGUAAUAAGCCUAGCAAGUGAUAGAAGGUUCCAUUCUUCACUGUCAGUCUCAUUUUACCAAGAGGGAGGAGCUCAAAAGAGGUCAAGUUUCUUGCCGGGGGUUGUUACACAGCUAGCAAGUGGCAGAGCUGGGAUUCAAACUGAGGCCUGAUCUAAAGCUUGUGCUCUGCCCACGCAUCCUGCAGCCUUCAUAAACAUUUAUUGAGCACACUGUGUAUCAGGUGCUGUGCUACAUGCUGGGAAUGCAAAAAUGGGUAAGGUGUGACCUCUGUCUUUGAGGGGUGCACGGCACACUGGACUGUCUCAGGUGGAAGGUAGGAAGUCCAUUCCAGUUUUGUCUGCCUUUCGAGUGGCCCCCCUUGGGCAGCAGCCAGGCCUGGCCGCACUCCUUCGAAGCAGCACCCAGCUUCCCUUUGCUGUCUGACUCCUCUCAUAUUCUAUCCCUUGCGGGAAGUCUGCUCUUCUCCCGCUGCUUGUACUAGUGGAGCACACUGUGCACAGCCAGUGGGGGUUCAAGGUCAGAAUCAGGUCAAAAAUGAAAGAAGCAAACACAGUCUCCUGCCCCGCUUACCUGUCCUCGGUCCAACCCCUCUCGCCAGCCCUGAGUGGCCAUCACACGAUCGGAAGUCAGCUGAGGGAAGAACAGGGAUGGAAAUAGCAAUCGAGGAGCCUUUUUUGGGGUAAGCCACAUGGCGGGGGCAUUGCAGCAGCCUUUCGUGAGUGGCCGAAAGCCCCCACUCCUAGCAAAUGUGCUUCUCAAAGAUGCAGGAUUUUUUAAUAAACAGAGGAAAUGAUAAAUUAUGUUGUAACUCCACUCCAAAGGCAUUUGGUUCUUAACAGCCAAAUCCUCUGUAGUCUUUAAAUAAACAAAAACUUAUUUGGUGAACAGACAGGGUUGUGGGGGGAGGUUGGAAAAUGAAAGAUUUUCUGUACUUGGGUCCCACAUGUCAACAAUUUCUCUCCUGUGUGUAUGUUGGCCAAAGCUGUAUAUCAUGAUAAAUGAAUAAAGGAAAACCUCCAGCCCAGGGCAGUCAGACGGCUCAGCAAAUGGC